AUGAGUAUGACAGGGUGGAUCCUCAAGAGAACCCCCGUCAAGGACGAGAGCGAAGAGGUUCAGGUGCUGGAGGACAUACUGAAGGCGAGCAGCGUCGAGCAAGUGAGAUCCAUCGCAAGCAGACGGUUGGAAACAAUCCGCUCAGGACAGGCAGCAGCUCCCUCCGGCGGCAAGGAGAAGAGGGAACACAGCGCAAGAGUCGAGGAGACCCUGCGAGCUCUGCAUGCUAAGAAAUUUCAGUCGGAAGCCACGACGGGGGAGUACUGGGAAAACGCCUUCUCUCAUGGGUUAAAGGUGUACGAGGACUACAAUGACACUGGGCCAUCCUUUACAAGUACGUUGUCGGUUCGAGACUAUGAAAUGCUGAAAGAGACGCUCGACGACAACGGUUUUUUCGCCUCCCCGAGUCUGGACUGGGGAAAAGACAUCUGCUUCAACGAGAUGAUCGAGGCGAUGAAAGAGUUGAAGAGCAAGGGUUGGCCUGCUUGCUUCAUCUUCGCAUACCAGCAGCCAUGGCACCUGAUCGACAAGUUGUUCGACUUCGCUGAACAGAUUCUCGAGACCGACCAGAUCGCGAUCGAGCCCUCCGUGUUUGCCUGGCACCUGGAUCCUCCGGUUGGAGAGCCCUGGAGGGCCGGCAACAACGGCUUCAACCUGCCGCACAGGGACUUCACCUAUGACGAGACGUUCGAUGAGGAAGGGAACCUCAAGGUUUCCCCCUCCAAGGAAUCAGACCUCUCGAAGCUCAGGCUGGAGCAGGUGCAGCCCGUCUGA